ACCUGGGGUCCCAAGUCCCUUCCCUCGGGAGGGAGGCCGCCGGCCACGGGCAGGGGACCCUGUUUCACACGUGGUAGAGUCGCAGGCCUCGCGCCCAGGAAUCCCUGGUCCCUCCCACAGGCCGGCGGCUCCUCCUCCCGAGCCAUGGAGGCAGGCGGGGGGGGCCUCGGCUCUCCCGCCGAGCGCAAGGAGGCCGGGCCCCGAGUCUCGGCGCCCGAGAGACCCACGCCGACCGCGUCGACUUCGCGGGAGGCGGUAGACGACUCGCCGCCCCCGUCCCCGUCGCCCUCAGGGCUCCUCUCGUGGCCGCCGACCUCGAGCCUAGGCGUGGGCAGGUUGCGGCUGCGCCAGGCCGGCUGGGACGGGAUGGCGGCCGGCGCGCUGCUGGAGGCCGGCCUGGCCCGGGUGCUCUUCUACCCGACGCUGUUGUACACCGUGUUCCGUGGGAAAGUGCCGGGCCGGGCGCACCGCGAGUGGUACCACCGCAUUGACCCCACGGUGCUGCUGGGGGCGCUGCCCCUGCGGAGCAUGACGCGCCGGCUGGUACAGGACGAGAACGUGCGCGGGGUCAUCACCAUGAACGAGGAGUAUGAGACGCGGUUCCUGUGUAACUCCUCAAAGGAAUGGAGGAACGUAGGAGUCGAGCAGCUGCGGCUUAGCACAGUAGACAUGACUGGAGUUCCAACCUUGGCUAACCUCCAGAAAGGAGUCCAGUUUGCUCUCAAGUACCAGGCGCGGGGCCAGUCUGUCUACGUGCAUUGUAAGGCUGGGCGCUCCAGGAGUGCCACUAUGGUGGCAGCAUAUCUGAUUCAGGUGUACAACUGGAGUCCAGAGGAGGCUGUAAGAGCCAUCACCAAGAUCCGGUCACACAUCCACAUCAGAUCUGGCCAGUUGGAAGUUCUCAAAGAGUUCCACAAGGAGAUUACUGCAGGGGCAGCAAAGGAUAAGACUGGUCAUACAUCACAGACGUGAAAUACACAGAUUAGAAAGAACUCAAGACAACCCUGCUUGCUACAGAUUCAAAUAAUUUUAACAGGACCAAGGGGACUUAAGCCCAGACUUGACGUAGGAGAAGUGUGCUAAGUAAUGGAUAAUUUUGCUCCCUUUGUCUUGUUUCACUUUCCUGACGUAACACUGUUGUGUGUCUAGAGAGAUUUAGUGUGGCUUCAAUUCACUGGUUAUGGGGAUAUGGGACGAGGGUCCUUAUUUUCUCAAAUAGGGUCAAAGAAAUCUAUUGUGUAUCUAACACUGGCUAAUGAUAUUUAGCACGACUCAGAAACAUUUAACAUUGGGAAAAGAAAGGAGAAAUACUCAACUCAGUUGUCAGACCCCAAUUCACUGGCCCCAUGGGCUCUCUUCCCCUUUUGGAGCAGUGAUCCUGUAUGUAGAAAAGGAAGUACAGGAUCUAAUCCUGUACCUGUGGCGGGUAUAUAAUCUGUUUACCUUAGGAAGUCACUCCUUCAAAAUUCAAAACACACACACGUAUCCCUUCCAAAACUUUUAUUUGUAUGAACAGUUCCUAGCUCUUGGCUUACCUUAGGGCUUUUAAAAGAGUAAAGACCUUAUAUACUUAAACUUGAAAAAAGUUUCUGCUAUUAAUCAGAAAUACUACUAUUUCUUUCUGGCUUACUCCUUGGAGUAAAUAAAACAUAAAACCAAAGUGUUAGGCGCCCAGGUGGCUCAGUUGGUUGAGCAUCUGUCUUCGGCACAAGU